GCAAGACAGCAUGCGAGAGCUAGCAAAAGAGAAGGGUUGGCUCACUCACCAUGCAGUCAGGCAGUGCGAGCAUCGGAACCGUUUGACAGCAUUUGAUGACAAAACCCGUUCUGAACUUCUAUCUAUCUGCACCUCAACGUUCUAUUGCGAUCGAUCGUGCAUUGAUGGGAGAAACUCGCUGCACAUUUGAGGGGGGCAUGUGCACAUUUCAAGACACAUGCAAAUCUAUUUCAGUAUCAGGACGAAUCCAGUGACCACAACGCCUUUGAAAGAGGAAAUGUCAAAGCAGUAAUAGAGUAUGCUGCUUCGCCAAUACGGUAUAAUGCACUGCUCAGGGUGGACGAGCUGAUGUUGUCCUCGUGACUGAGAUUUUGACGACUUUCCACGUUGCAGUGCACGCAUAGAUGUUUUUCUACAGUAAAUACUCGCUCCUAUUUAAGACUAUGGUUCGUGUCUGACGUUAUUUAUUUCUAGUGGACACGACAGAAUGCGUUCUAUGUAUAAUCAACAGCAGCGCUUCUGUAAAGAUACACGCGUGCGGCGUUGCAUAUGAUCUAAAGAGAAAGCAUUGUUUUGUCCAGCGUCCUUACCAACCUUGAACUUCCUCAAUACAGCAUCUGCAUACCACAGUCUGGGAGACUCGACGCUUGGAUGUCAACAGUAGCCCCCCCACAUCAGCGCUAGAGAAGCGUUCCUCCGACAUCUCAGUGGUGCUGAAAGGACAGCUCCUUGUUUCAGGACUCACAAAGUUGACUUCCACUGAAAGCAUCUGCUUUUCACUGCAAUUACAGCCGACAACCGAAGUAGCUAAAGUACUCCAAAUGCAUUAUUAUUUGGCUUAACGGCUUCUGCCCAACUGUUCUGUUAGGGUCCAUGGCUGUGGCACGCAAAAUAAAAACUUUGCUCACGGUUAACAUUUUUGUUUUUGUGGGGAUCAUAUUGUUCUCGGUAUAUUGUAGAAUACAGGACCGUUCUGAGGAACUCAUUCAGAUCGGCAGGAUAUCAGACCAGAGACUGAGGGCCAGGAAUGGCAAAGUUUCCAACUUGGUGGACAGGCAGUCCAUACUUCAGAGACUGGAGCGGCUGGAGGACGUUGUCUACAACCAAUUAAAUGGUCUGGCUAAGCCCAUGGGGCUGGUGGAGGGGCCUGGAGGUCUGGGCCAGGGAGGAGCAGCUGCUACUCUGGGGGACGACAGCCAUGUUGACGGGGAGGGGAAGUACGAGGACUAUGGCUACAACGCCCAGCUCAGUGACCGCAUCUCCCUGGACCGCAGCAUCCCCGACUACAGACCCCAAAAGUGCAAGCAGUUGACCUACCCAGAGGACCUCCCUCAGAUCUCAGUGGUGUUCAUCUUUGUGAACGAGGCCUUGUCGGUCAUCUUGCGGUCCGUCCACAGCGUGGUCAACCACACCCCUGCACACCUUCUCAAGGAGAUCAUCCUGGUGGACGACAACAGCGACAGUGUGGAGCUGAAGUUCAAUCUGGACCAGUAUGUGAACAAGCGUUACCCAGGUCUGGUGAAGAUCGUCCGCAACAGUAAGAGGGAAGGCCUGAUCCGAGCCAGGAUACACGGUUGGAAUGCUGCAACCGCCCCGGUUGUAGGUUUCUUUGAUGCCCAUGUAGAGUUCAACACUGCCUGGGCGGAGCCUAUCCUGACCAGGGUGAAGGAGGACCACACCCGGAUCAUCCUCCCGGCCAUCGACAACAUCAAGUUCAACACAUUUGAGGUGCAGCAGUACGCCAAUGCGGCCCACGGCUACAACUGGGGCCUGUGGUGCAUGUACAUCAUCCCCCCUCAGGAGUGGCUGGACAAGGGCGAUGAGACAGCUCCCAUCAGGACACCAGCUAUGAUCGGCUGCUCCUUUGUGGUGGACAGAGAAUACUUUAGUGAGAUCGGCCUCCUUGAUCCUGGCAUGGAAGUCUAUGGAGGCGAGAACAUUGAGCUUGGCAUGCGGGUGUGGCAGUGUGGGGGGAGCAUGGAGGUGCUUCCCUGCGCCAGAGUGGCGCACAUCGAGCGGACCAAGAAGCCAUACAACAACGACAUUGACUACUAUGCCAAGAGGAACGCCCUGCGGGCCGCCGAGGUCUGGAUGGAUGAGUACAGGUCCCACGUCUACAUGGCCUGGAACAUCCCCAUGAAUAACCCUGGGGUUGACUAUGGGGACGUGUCUGAGCGGGUGGCCUUGAGGAAGAGGCUGCAGUGUCGGAGCUUCCGCUGGUACCUGGAGAAUGUCUACCCAGAGAUGCGCAUCUACAACAACACCAUCACAUAUGGGGAGGUCAGAAACAGUAAGGCCAGUGGCUACUGUCUGGACCAGGGAUCAGAGGACGAUGACAAAGCCAUCCUCUAUCCCUGCCAUGGGAUGUCCUCACAGCUUGCCCGUUACUCAACAGAGGGGCUUCUACAACUAGGACCUCUAGGGUCGACCACCUUUCUGCCUGACACCAAAUGUCUCAUCGACGACGGAAGAGGGCGCACGCCCAGCUUGAAAAAAUGUGACUCUGUUUCGCGGGCUUCCCAGAGGCUGUGGGAUUUUACACAGAAUGGUCCAAUCAUCAGCAGGGACACUGGACGGUGCAUGGAGGUGGAGAUGUCCAAAGAUGCCAACUUCGGCCUUCGAUUGGUGGUGCAGAGGUGUUCUGGUCAAAAGUGGAUGAUACGGAACUGGAUAAAGCAUCCGAAGCAUUGAGGCAAGACAUUUCCUCUGAGAAAAGAAUACCAUUUCAGUCUUGGAGGGCAAACCCAUGGACAGCAGUCUGAGAGCAUUCCAUAUGAGAUAGCUAUAGGCCCUGGGACUGAUGAGAUGAGUAGUUCACAGUUUGUGGACUCUUCUAUGGACUGUGUGCACUGUGCCCUCCCCUUAGGGCAUAGAGCUUUCAACUGCUGAAUCUUUAGAAGAAGAUAUGUUUUCAGCUGAGCUGGGGGUCAAACAUGGAGAGCAUACCAUAGGCCUACAGCGAGCUAUACAGUACUGUUUGAAAUGCUUUUUUUACAGAACAUCCACCUAUGUAGAAAAUGAAUAAUAAGACAAUGGAAUGCAACUCCUAAGGGGGUUCAACACUGACAAUGACAAGCAAUGUGUAUUUGGUUUUAUAGCCAAUCCCAGGAAUCUUUGCAGAUCAAAAUAUGAAAUUGCUUAUUAGUCACCAUAUCAACUUGUAAUUACUUCAGGCUAUCAUUUGGAGAAUUUCUUUGGACAUUUCGCUAUCCUGUUAAGAGAUUUAAUAUGCUUCAAAAAGCUGUUCAUCCUCCCGAUGAACUGAUCAGGAUGCAAAGCAACUACUGUUCUCACAAAUACAAAAGGAUAUUCAUUUCUCUUUUUCUUUUUGGCUGUAUUGCUCGCCACUGAUUAUCAGAGCAAUAACGUGCCUUUUCCCAUCCUUAUGAGUCAUCUGACCAGGGAAUGUCAAUUCCACAAGCAUGUACAAAUUAGUUUAAAGUAAUUAAUAUAUAAACCAAUGUAAAAAUGGCUAAAUAAUAGUAAUGUUGUAAAAUUGAUAUUAGUCCUCCAAGAACAGUUAAGAUAAUAAAAAUGUUUAUGACCCAGGAGAACAUUUUGUAAAACUGGAUUCAUUCAAGAAUUCUAGAUUAUUCACAGAGCAAGGUAGUGUAUAUAAUGGAACAUUCCAAGAUUUCUAUAGAUGUUCCUUACUCACAAUGCUGUUCACUGCAUGUUACAUGGAAGCCCGGGCCUAUUUUUACAGAUGUAAAGACAGAUGCUGGUGGUUGUUUUACACUGACAGCGAGCACAAUUAUCUGCCUUUGUUGUGUUUCCACUUAGUCUCCUACUGGAUACUGGCCUCAACUCUCUAAUCAUUAAAACCCACCUACAGGAUAGCAUGUCUUCACAAAGUACUGAAAGCUUUCCAAUUUAUUAUGCUCAGCAAGAAACUUUUUCCCACUGUAUUUUCUGAUGCCCGGCCAACUUUGAAGAUAAAUAAUUAUUCUCCAAACCUUUUUGGUACCAUAUUUUGUGCCUCAUUCAUUCUAAUGAAUGGUCAAAAUGUAGAAGUGCAAAUGACAUUUUCUUGACAAGUGAAUUAGAUUUUUUAAAUCUGUUGUCACAUUUGCUAGAAUAAAUGUCGGACCAAGGCGCAGCAGAUGUUGAGUUCCACAUUUUAAUGAUAAAGUGAAACUUAAGACAAAAACAAAUAAACAACAAACCGUGUCUACAGAGGUGCCACAUGCACUAACUCAGAAACAAUAUCCCAUAAACAAAAGUGGCAAAAACAGAUACUUAACCCAUUUAAUCCUGAAUUUUUCCAAGACAUGAAAAUAUCCAAAUCAAGUGUUAUUAGUAACCCUUUGAAGUAAUCAAUCAUUAUGGAAAAAUAGGUGAAAAGGUGUUUUAUGGUCGGUCACAAUUGUGACCGGUGCGAUAAUGUCACAUAUGCUAAAUUAACAUAUUUCUCCUAUGAUAUUAUCAAAGUUCUUAUAAAUCCCAACCCAGUUAUUAACACAUAUAAAACUGUCACUGGCAGUCCCAAGUAUUGCCUCUGGAAUGCCCCGUCACAUUCUAGCGUGACUAUUUUACACAUCAAAGACCCUUAUACAACACGAUUUGAAUACUGAGAGCAAAGACAAAAAAACAACCAACAUAUUUCAAUAUUGUAACAUACAUUGUAACAUUGUUACUUUAGUACAAUAUUAAUUGAAACAUUAAUAUUGUAAUAUUUGAACAUGCACUUUAGUGUAACAUUGUCAGUGACAUUUUAGUGCAACAUUCACUAACAACUGAAUAGCAGUCCUGUGAUUCAUUCCCACUGAACAUAAAGGUAACAUUUAAGAGAGGUAGCCUGUAGUAUAUGCAUUCAAGUAGAGGCCUACACUAAACAAAAUACAAUUACACAUAUAUAUAUAUAAAAAAAAGCACCACUGCACAAUGAGUGCAUAUAUAUAUAUAUAUAUAUAUACACACACACACACACACACAGUGGGAAGAACAAGUAUUUGAUAACCUACAAAAUCGGCAGUGUUUCCUACUUACAAAGCAUGUAGAGGUCUGUAAUUUCAACUGUGAGACACGGAAUCUAAAACAAAAAUCCAGAAAAUCACAUUGUAUGAUUUUUAAGUAAUUCAUUUGCAUUUUAUUGCAUGACAUAAGUAUUUGAUACAUCAGAAAAGCUGAACUUAAUAUUUGGUACAGAAACCUGUUUGCAAUUCAAUUCAGAUCAUACGUUUCCUGUAGUUCUUGACCAAGUUUGCACACACUGCAGCAGGGAUUUUGGCCCACUCCUCCAUACAGACCUUCUCCAGAUCCUUCAGGUUUCGGGGCUAUCGCUGGGCAAUACGGACUUUCAGCUCCCUCCAAAGAUUUUCUAUUGGGUUCAGGCCUGGAGACUGGCUAGGCCUCUCCAGGACCUUGAGAUGCUUCUUACGGAACAACUUCUUAGUUGCCCUGGCUGUGUGUUUCGGGUCGUUGUCAGGCUGGAAGACCCAUCCACGACCCAUCUUCAAUGCUCUUACUGAGGGAAGGUUCUUGGCCAAGAUCUCAUGAUAUGGCCCCAUCCAUCCUCCCCUCAAUACGGUGCGGUCGUCCUGUCCCCUUUGCAGAAAAGCAUCUCCAAAGAAUGAGGUUUCCACCUCCAUGCUUCACGGUUGGGAUGUUGUUCUUGGGGUUGUACUCAUCCUUCUUCCUCCAAACAUGGCGAGUGGAGUUUAGACCAAAAAUCUAUUUUUGUCUCAUCAGACCACAUGACCUUCUCCCAUUCCUCCUCUGGAUCAUCCAGAUGGUCAUUGACAAACUUCAGACGGGCCUGAACAUGCGCUGGCUUCAGCAGGGAGACCUUGCGUGCGCUGCAGGAUUUGAAUCCAUGACAGCGUAGUGUGUUACUAAUGGUUUUAUUUGAGACUGUGGUCCCAGCUCUCUUCAGGUCAUUGACCAGGUCCUGCCGUGUAGUUCUGGGCUUAUCCCUCACCUUCCUCAUGAUCAUUGAUGCCCCACGAAGUGAGAUCUUGCAUGUAGCCCCAGACCGAGGGUGAUUGACCGUCAUCUUGAACUUCUUCCAUUUUCUAAUAAUUGCGCCAACAGUUGUUGCCUUCUCACCAAGCUGCUUGCCUAUUGUCGUGCAUCCCAUCCCAGCCUUGUGCAGGUCUACAAUUGUAUCCCUGAUGUCCUUACACAGCUCUCUGGUCUUGGCCAUUGUGGAGAGGUUGGAGUCUGUUUGAUUGAGUGUGUGGCCAGGUGUCUUUUAUACAGGUAACUAGUUCAAUCAGGUGCAGUUAAUCCAGGUAAUGAGUGGAGAACAGGAGGGGUUCUUAAAGAAAAACUAACAGGUCUGUGAGAGCCAGAAUUCUUACUGGUUGGUAGGUGAUCAAAUACUUAUGUCAUGCAAUAAAAGGCAAAUUAAUUACUUAAAAAUCAUACAAUGGGAUUUUCUGGAUUUUUGUUUUAGAUUCCGUCUCUCACAGUUGAAGUGUACCUAUGAUAAAAAUUACAGACCUCUACAUGCUUUAAGUAGGAAACACUGCCGAUUUUGUAGGUUAUCAAAUACUUGUUCUUCCCACUGUGUAUAUAUAUAUAUAUAUAUAUAUAUCAGAGUUAGGCUUCAGACCGAAGUGCAAGAUUAGUUUGUGCAUCACUAUUUUAAACUGUGAUCAGUCAGACCUACUGUCAUACAGUAUGCCUUGAAUCAAUUGACCUUUUCCAAAAGCAUUUUAGUCAUUUUGAGUGUCUUUUUCGUCGACUUUUCUUUUCUUCAUUGAGUCAGUUGUACUGCUUCUCCUCACCCUUUAUUGACUUUUCUAUUUUUAUUUUGUCUUUUUCAGACCUUUUUCAUUCGCUCUUAUCUCCUUUUCUACUGUCCAUGGUAUAUCUUGAAGCACUCAAUGUGCAGUGGCGCUUUGCAUUUCUCACAUGCAUAGGUAGUACGUUUGUCACUAUGACGACUUCUCUGGAACUGGUGCAUCGUGUUGAUUGGCCAGUAAGAAGCUUUGUCAUAUCUUGCCUGAUCUUCAACAGUAGCAGCCAGUAAAGAUGUCCGUCCGUGGCUCAGUGGUUUCGUGCCAAACCUUUGCAUAUUUGGGUUGUAUACUAUGUGUUUUGGAAUCACAUUGGUGGCAGGCCUCUUCGAUCGUUUGAACACUCAAUCUUUAUUUUUGACCACCUGGGUCACGCCCUGACCGUAGAGAGCUCUCUAUUUUGGUUUGGUCGGGUGUGAUUUGGGUGGGCAUUCUAUGUUCUUUUUCUAUGUGUUUGUAUUUCUUUGUGUUGGCCGGGUAUGGUUCUCAAUCAGGGACAGCUGUCUAUCGUUGUCUCUGAUUGGGGACCAUACUUAGGUAGCUUUUUCCCACAGGGUUUUUGUGGGUAGUUGUUUUCCAUAUCAGUGUUUGCACCUUACGGGACUGUUUCGGUUUCAUUUAUUCUCGUUAUUUUUGUAUUUAGUGUUCAGUUCAAUAAAUAAAUAUGAACACUUA